CGCAGGGCGACGACCCGCGCACCACGGGGCAGGGCUUACCUCGCGCACCACGUGUCCACGGGGGGCACGCCGCCGCGGCUAUAAAAUGCGGCCCCGAUCCCCACCGGCACGAUCACGCUGCUCUCUGCUUUCUUUCUCCUCCAGCACACGCCGUCACGCACUGGUUCUCGCUGGCGGCGAUGCCUGCGUCUGCGUGGUGGGUUUGUGGAUUCCUCCCGCUCCUGGCGGUGGCCGCGGCCGCCGCGGAUCCGGCCAAGGGGAGCUGGGAGCCGCUGAUUCGGCUGCCGACCGAGAAGGGCGCUGCCCCCGCCCCUGCCCCUGCCGCGCCGGCGGCGGAGGAAGGGGCGACGAAGUGGGCCGUCCUCGUUGCCGGCUCUUCUGGCUACGGGAACUACCGGCACCAGGCCGAUGUGUGCCACGCCUACCAGAUCCUGAGGAAGGGGGGCCUAAAGGAGGAGAACAUUGUGGUGUUUAUGUACGAUGAUAUCGCCAAAAACGACUUCAACCCAAGGCCUGGAGUCAUCAUCAACCAUCCUAAAGGCGAAGAUGUUUACACUGGUGUUCCCAAGGACUACACUGGUAAACAGGUCACCGCUGAAAACUUCUUUGCAGUUCUAUUGGGGAACAAAACCGCGGUUACUGGAGGGAGUAGGAAGGUGAUAAACAGCAAAUCAAAGGACCACAUCUUCAUCUAUUACGCGGAUCAUGGGGGUCCUGGUGUUCUAGGUAUGCCCAACAGGCCAUAUAUUUAUGCUGGCGACUUCAUCAAAGUGUUACGAGAGAAGCAUGCUUCCAAAAGUUAUUCAAAAAUGAUUAUAUAUGUUGAAGCGUGUGAAAGUGGCAGUAUAUUUGAGGGUUUAUUGCCAGAAGAUCUUAAUAUUUAUGUUACAACAGCAUCAAAUGCGGUCGAAAAUAGUUGGGGAGCAUACUGCCCUGGGAUGAAAUCAUCACCUCCUGCUGAAUAUGAUACCUGUUUAGGAGACAUCUACAGUGUUUCUUGGAUGGAAGACAGUGAAACUCACAAUCUAAAGAAGGAAACACUCAAGCAGCAGUACGAGGUGGUUAAAACGAGAACAUCAAAAUCAAUGGAAUUCGAUAAGGGUUCUCAUGUCAUGGAGUAUGGUGACAAGACAUUCAAGGACGAGAAGCUUUUCCUUUACCAAGGUUUCGAUCCUGCAAAUUCCAAUGUAGCAAACAGGCUGCUUUUGCCCGACCUGGAGGGUGCAAUCAAUCAAAGAGAUGCUGAUGUUCUUUUCAUGUGGAAAAGGUAUGAGAAGUUAAAUGGGGGAUCGGAAGAGAAGCAGAGGGUUCUCAGGGAGAUCAAAGAAACUGUGGUACACAGGAAGCAUCUCGACAGCAGUAUCGAUUUCAUCGGGAAGCUUGUCUUUGGAUUUGAAAAUGGGCCUUCAAUGAUUGAGGCUGCUAGAAGCUCUGGCCAACCACUAGUCGACGAUUGGGAUUGCCUGAAGAGGACGGUCCGAGUUUUCGAAUCCCAGUGUGGAUCACUUACUCAGUAUGGCAUGAAACACAUGAGGGCGUUUGCAAACAUGUGCAACAAUGGCAUCUCCGAGGCCGAAAUGAGGGAAGCAAGCAUCAGCGCUUGUGGCGGUUACGGCUCGGCCAAGUGGAGCCCACUGGCUGUAGGGCACAGUGCUUGAUCCGCUGCACUGCAGUACAGAGGAGCAAGUAGCAAAUGCUCCAGAGGUUCCUAGACCUCAUAUGGUGUACAUACAUGCACUGAUUUCCAAGAAACCACCCAACGAUGCGCCCCAUGUCGUGUUGGGUUAAUCAGUAGUUUGUGGUCGUGCCUUUGUAAGUUUCAGUGUUUCACUACAAUCAAUUGAAAGGCAAUUACUAAUUAACAGAAGUGUGUGGGUUUUCCUUUA